AGUUCCUCUGUUUGUUUCCCAGUUGUCGGGUCAUUCUGUGUACUGACUUCUGAUUCUCUGUGUGUUUUGGUCUCCUGUGCGCCAGACAGAGAAACUUCCUGAGCCUUCUGGCAGGAUUCUAGGACUCCCAUUGCUGAAUCGUUACAAGGGAAGAUGUCCUGCGGAGGAUUUUCAGUGUACUCAUGCCUGUUUUUCACUUGCCUCAUCUGCUGGUAUGAAGCGACGGCAUUUAAACUCUUCCAGGAAGCUGUGAACAACAGACCAGUGAUUGGUGUUUUAACUCAGAUAGUCUCAGAUGCCGUUAUGAAACCUUUCGGGGAGACUUAUAUACCCGACUCCUACGUGAACUACAUUGAGUCAGGGGGAAGUAGGGUGAUGCCGAUCAGAUUGACCCUUUCCACUGCUGAGUAUGAAAGCAUCUUCAAAAAGAUAAAUGGCCUAUUUUUGAUCGGGGGAGCCUCAGAUUUGGUAACCUCUGACUUUGCCAGGGUGGCGAAGAUUUUCUAUAAACUUGCUCUGACGGCCAAUGAUGCUGGGGAUUUCUUCCCCAUCUGGGGCACGUGCAUGGGCAUGCAGCUGCUCACUGUGCUGGUGGCUGGUGAGAAUCUGCUCACAGAAACUACAGCUGAGAAUCUGGCUUUACCCCUCAACCUAACCACAGAGGCUCACUCCUGCAGGAUGUUCAAAGGUUUUCCUAAAGAGCUCAUGAAGGCUGUGACAGAAGAGCCUCUGACGGGCAAUUUUCACAAGUAUGGCCUCAAAGUAAAGACGUUCCAGGAAAACCAGAAGCUGAGCAGUUUCUUCUCCCUGCUGUCCACCAACAUCGCUGCAAAUGGAGCUCAGUUUGUCUCCACCAUUGAAGGUAAAAGAUAUCCCUUCUACGGAGUGCAGUGGCACCCAGAGGUGAACCGCUUUCAGUGGAGCAGAAAGCUGAACUUUCCUCACUCCAGUAACGCCGUUCAGUUGUCGUCGCAGCUGGCCGAGUUUUUUAUCAAUGAAGGGCGGAAGAGUUUACAUCAUUUCGACAGUCCAGAGGAAGAAGAUUCUUCGUUGAUCUACACGUUCACUCCUGUCUACGCUGCAAACUUUACCGCCUACGAGCAGAUUUAUUUCUUCUAGGUUCCUGGAAUCGCUGUCAGAGGAGGCACGGGGACUCUGUGUUUGCAGUGAAUGAAAAUCUGUAUUUCUUUUCAAAAUCUGGCUUAAAUUGGUAGGAAACUUUUGUAUUAGGAAAUGGAGAGUUUAAACUCACGCUAAAAACGAAUGGGGUUGACACUGUGGACUUUUAAAGAAGGGUCAGGAGUCUGUCUUCAUGUCAAUAACUGAUAUUGUACGUUCAAAAUAAAAUAAUAUGAUAUACAUAAUUAAAGUGCCAUUACUGAUUAUAAAAAUGUUUUGUGAUUUUACAGCACUGUGAAGAAAAGCAUUUGCUUUAAUUACAGAUUUCUUGUUUAUCACACUUAAAUGUUUCAGAUCUUUUCAAUAUCAAAUACAAUAAGAGUAAAUACCAAAAGCUUUCAGAUGUGGAUUUCAUUGAUUAAAGGAAAAAAAAGCCUUCUCUGUCAUGCUGCCCAAUGUGAAGAAACUCAUUGCUCACCCUUGUUAAAUUAGUUUCCCCUUGUUUAACAAGGGGAAACUGUUUUUGGUUUAGUCCCACGGGAGCAACACAAGAUGGAUUCUUGUGUAUUUGUAAAUUCCCAACUAUUUCCUGACGAAUACUUAUAUAGGGUAUGAAAAAAUAAUGUUAUUUACUGUUACAUUCUAAAAUUCUAUCAGCCCGCUCUGUUAACAUUAACAAAGUGCUAUUUAAACAACCAGAUUAUUUUGGGAAAUUUUAGUAUUUCAAGAGAAGCACUAGUCAGCUUCGUCUCAACAAACCUUUAUUUAUGUAGCACAGGUACAACUCAGCUGGUCAGAUUGCUUUAUAAAAUGUAAAAUGCUUAUUAUUUUUUUCUAAUAUUUUCUAAACAUAACAAAAUGAAAAUCAAAGUAAAGCCACAAUUAAACAAGUAAAAUGGAGUGCAGCUGCAUAAAAACAAACAAAAUUGCAAACGCUAAGAAACUGAGUUAAAAGCCCGAGAGAGAAACGAGUGUUUUAAGAGAUGAUUUGAAAACUGUUUUUUAAAUUGUAAGAUACCAUGUAAAGGAAAAGUAAAAGUGAAUUAAUUUAAGCAUUUCUUUAUCUACUUAAGUUGGAUCAGCUGAUUGUGGUGCAUCGGCCAGGAGGCUCAUUAAAAAUGCAUUUGAUUGGCAGCGGUCCAUAAUGAGAAACCAAGGGAGCCCUUGCUGUUUAUAUUUUCUGAAUUUAUUAUAAUUAUUUUAAAUAAAGAGCAUGUCAUGUCUGCACA